AAAUCAAUUGCAUUCAAUUGAACAAGUUAAUAAGUUGCCUACAUUUUUUAUGUUUGAUUUUGUAUAUCCCUAAGGAUUAGGCCUAGGAAAAAAACUGAUUGUAUCUCUAUGAACUCUUCAUCCAUUUGUCAAUAAAGACGAUAUGUAUUUUUGUAUUAUUUAUAAAAAAUUAGAUUUUUGGUGUUAAAGUGGGUCAGCCUGACAGUCAGGUCGAUGCUUUCAAGUGCUUAAAGUUUCUAGCAUUUUUGUUACCACUUUCUUUAACUUUUCAAGGAUCUAAUAACUUAAAAAAAUCUCUAACACAUGAGAAGUAUGGUGUUUAAAAAUGUUAUAAUCUUACAAUUUUGUUAUUUAAAUCAUGUUCUAUUUAUUCUAUGUCAAGACAGACAGUUAUUUUCCCAAACUUCAUAUGGCCCAUCUCUGUUUAGAAACUGAAAUUACACAUAACUGAAAGGUGCUAAAACAGUACAGCAUUACCAACAUUACCCUAUUGGUACUUAUGUAGUUGACUUGAAUAUCAACAUACUUAGUGUCACAAAAAAAAAGCAUCUUUAUAUACUUAAUAUGCUUUAGAAACACAAAAUUGAAGGUUAAUUUUAUUACGUAAUGAAAUCAAUAGACUAUCUUUUGUAUUUUCAUGUGUCAAAGUAAAAAACUAUCUGCCCAAAGUGAGUUCUUAAACUUAGAUAUAGAUCUAGAUCCUUUCGAUCUUUUCUCAUGUAAAUAUGGCCUAGAUCGAUGAAGUUAUAAUGCUUUCAUAGAGUUGGUCAACUUUUUUUUUUGAAGGUCUUAAGUUUGUUUAAGGGCUACAAUACAUACACUACUGUCUAAGUUAGUACCCAAGGAACAUUUAUGCCAAGUUUUAUCAAGAUUGGUCAAGCGGUUUUGAUUUCUAUUCGUAACAUACAUACAUACAUAUGCCUUACUUUCUACUUUAUAAUAUAGAUAAUAUCUAGCACUUUAGUGUUUGUGACCUAAUUAAUGACUUAGUAUUCUAUCAAUAAUUUUCUCUGCCUCCUUUUCCCUCAUCAUUGUUCUCACUACUAUAACUAGAACAAUGUUUUGGGGCUGUUUUGGUUUACACUUGUGUGUUGCGCUAUCAAUGAACUGUUUCUGUUGUGUGUUGGUUUAAUGGCUGCACUUGGAUUGAGUCUUAAAAUUUGUUACUUUGCACUGAAUAUGUGUGAAUGUUUGGAAGUGGAAUUGUGUAGGAAGAGAGUAAGAGACCAGGAAAGGGGGUGUAGACAGAGUAAGAGAGGGACGCAUUGUAUGAAUAACUGUGUUUGUGUGUUAUUGUAAUUAUUUUAUCCAUUUGUUAUGAAAUUAUUAUCUGUUUCAAAGGAGUGUCCUUGCUGUGCAUUUGAGCACAAAAGUAAAAAAAAAAAGUGCAUAAAAAAAAUAAAAUUAUAGAUCGGCUUCUAGAUCUUGAAGCAUAGUGUUCUUAACUGACUCUGUAUUUGAGGCUGAUGUCACAUUUUAAUGGUCCAUCAAUCAUUGAUAACCUCUUCAUACAGUGUCUUCACUGUUUUUUUCUCUCCCUCCACCCCCUUUCCCAGUCCAUAAUAUUUUAAUUUUAAAAUACCAUAUCUACACUCAAUAUCUCCCCCUUUAUAGUAAAUAUCUCUUCAUAUCAAGUCAAGAACGCAUUUCAUUUUUCCUGACUUUCUUGUGUCACAAUGGUCAAAAUUCUCCUGACUGUUUUAUAUUGUUAUGGUGACAACAUAUUUGUGACCAAAAAAAAAAGACAUCUUUUUCACUUAACAUGGGGAGGAACAUAAGACACUCAGGUCCAUCACAUAGUCAUGUGUUAGGCAUUGGUUUUUGACACAUAAUAUAGAGCUAAAUAGAAUGGUGCAUCUGGAAGUAAAAAAAACCCAAUAAAUUGGAAAUGGUUUCUUUCUUGAACUGGUAUUUACUGAAUUUCAAUAUGGAUCACAAUUAUGACACAUCAUCGAAGUCAAUGCAUCAUAAAAUCAUGAUUUUAAAAUAGGUACAAUUUGUGCAUACAAUGUAAAUCUAUUUACUUUUUAAAAAAUUAGCACAUUUACCACAAUUAGUUGAUUCACACACAGUAACACAUACGAAAUUUAUAUCUAUAGUUUGCAUUACAUUAUUUUUAAAAAAACUUUUAAAAUAAUGAUCAACAAUUUCCAGUGGUUGGCUAUUAAUGAUUAUGCGAGGUGCAGUAUUUGUGUUCUGAUCUAGUAUUUUAGUCUUGCUUUGACUAAUAUUUAAGCCAAACUUCUGGCAAGCAGCAGAUAGUUUGUCAACAAGGGUCUGAAGUUGAGUACCAGAUUAAUCAACAAUAGCUGCAUCAUCAGCAUAGAGGAUUUAGAACCUUCUUAACUUUGAUUUUUGCCCUAAAUCUGAAUAUAUUGAUUAGUUGAUUAUUAUUUAAAUUAUCCAAUUGGAUCAACUGACUUUUAGAGAAGAAGUUAUUUUAUACAAUUUUCUUCUUUCGACGGGCCCUCUACGGUCAUCUUGAGGACCCUUUGGGUUCUGCGGACCACAGUUUGAGAACCUCUGCACUAGAUCUUUGAUGUGCUUCAGGAUAGUCAAGGUAAUGGGCAUUAUGUCACAGAUGAAAUGAACCAGAAUUAUCAAAUACACCACUUGCUGUAGAAGUUGUUUUAAGAGGUUUAAAGCUUCAGAGAAGUUUAAAAUAGCUUCAUGAUGUAUUUACAGUGAGAUCUAGGAUUCAUAUUCUAGGCUCAGACCUAUUCUAAGUUUCAGUGUUUUUGUGGAUCAUCUCUGUAUAAUAUCUAAGAGGUUUACAGAAUAGCUUAGCAUAUGGGACAAGUCAUUCGAAGGCUUCAAGAAGUGGGUAUCAGACCACAAGACUUUCUUGGUAUACCUAUCACAGACUAUGCAAGAUGGGAUGAUAGAUCAAUAACUACUGCUCCAGAAAUGAAUACCAUUGACAGAUUUCCAGACCUGGAUGAGCUUCCUCCAGAAAUAAGUUUAGAAGUACUUUCACAUCUAGAUGCAACUGACUUGUGUCUUGCCUCCUGUGUCUGGUCACAUUUAGCCAAUGAUGAAUUCUUAUGGCAAGGAUUAUGCAGAAGCUGUUGGGGAAGUGUCACAAUCUACAAUAGGACCAGGCAAGAUGAUUUUUCCUUCAAGCAACUGUUUAUGUUACUUGAUGAGGCCAGCCUUACAUUUAACACAGACCCAUUUGCAGGUAUCAAUUAUUUAACGUCUAAAAAUAUACUGGAUGACAAGCCUUUAGAAAUUGCCAAAUUUCUACACACAACUAAAAGAUUGUGGCCUUCUAAAAAACUGGAAUUUGUACAGAAAAGACCAGAUGUAUUGGAAAGAUUAGUCCAGCUCCAGAACUUUCAGAACCAGUUUCUACCCAAUGCUCUGCGCAAAUUUUUCAAAGAAGUGUCAGCUCCAAGAGAAAGAGGAGACACUCUGACUUUUAUGAUAGAGAAUUUCUCACAGAGGUUUUGUGCCUGCAACCCAAAACUUGGGCUUAGCAAAGAUGCUGUGUUUGUGCUCUGCUUCUCCCUCAUAAUGCUCUCCGUUGACCUGUGCAGCCCUCAUGUGAAAAACAAGAUGUCUAAGCGUGAGUUCAUCAAGAACACUUGCCAGGCAGUUUCUGAACUCAGCCGAGAUCUGGCAGGGCACAUGUACGACAACAUCUACCUAGCUGGCCAUGUUGCCCCAAAGGACUUUUCCAAUUCUUGAUGCGAAUAGCUUGAUAACAACUGUUUUAGACAAAUUUAAAACAAAAAGCUAUUGUGAUGAUUUUCUGCCGUACUUGAAAAGAAGCUUUUCAGGUUUUUGUUUUAGUCUUGAUAAGCAUCAGUUGUUAACUUGUACAUUUUUUAAAACAAUUUUUUUUUUACAAAUUAAAUAAUAAAAGAAAUGAUAAAAAAAUAAUUUAAUGUUGAAAUGAGUGAUAUUUAUUUAUUAAUUUUUUUUACCAUUGAAAUUUUACAUUGAUGAUUGACCCUAAAAUAAUUAUUUAUAUUUAUUUUUUUAUAUCUCUAUUUAUUGUCUAAGUGACUGUUGUGAUUAAUAUUGGGUUGUUAUGAUGAUGUCACAUUACUGCAGUGAUAAAUGGCAUCAUUUGAGGCUUAUGCUUUUAAAGUACUAGUUACCCUGAUUACUUAAUGAAGUGAUAUUUACUUGACCCUAGUCUAUUCAGUGUUAACUUCAUUUUUGUGCAGCUCUCCACUGAUGGGAGUUUGCCAGGUUUAAAUAACUUAAGUAAACAUAUCUAUCUACUCUUAAACUAAACUGCAAAUAAAAUAAAAAAAAUAAAUAAAAUAAUAAAUAUCUCUUUUGUCAUUGUAGUUUUGCUGGUCAGGAUGGUCCAGACUUCCCCCUUCCCUUUGUUUCAUUUUUCCUACUAGUAUCAUCCUUGGUUUUCUAAUGACAGGAACUUAAUAUCUUAUCUAGUAACAAACAAAAAAAAAAAGAAAAGGAGUGGGUCAAGGUAAACCAGCUAUACUUGAAAUUGACUCACUGUCAACUAAAGUCAGCUCUGCCUUUAUGUAUCCCUCCACUACUUCCAUGUUACACAUGUUAAUCUUGCUAACAAAGCAGUUGUAUACUUAUACAUGUACAUUUUGCUUUUAUUUUGUUUCUGCCAUACAUACUUUGAGCCUUAGAUUUUAUUUUCCUGAUAUGGUGCCUGAUACAUUCCUGACGCCAUACGUAGCCAUGUUAUCAAAAUGUAUUUAUUGUGAUGAUUAGAAGAAAAAUCUUUUAAUUGCAAUGUGUAGAUGGAUUUUUUAAAGCAAGUUUACAGUUUAUGUGGAUAUUUCUUUUACAUACAGAAACUAUAGGCACAUGAAUUUUUAAAUAAUCAGUGUAAGGCUUAAUUACUUAUAAAAAAUAUUUCCCUCCUUUUCUGUAUCAAAGUUUUUUAAUAAAACUUCUUUCUGUUACAUCUUUUUAGCUGGCAUGAAUCUGAGUAAAGUUCAAUUGAGAGUUGAAUGUUUAGGUUUAUCAAAGGUUCUAAACUGUUAAACAUAAUGGGUCUGAAAAUCAAAGAAAUGGUUAUCUAAUUGUUUAAGUACUUACAAUUCAAAAACAAAAUUAUAAUUUGUUUGAAUCAGAAUUGUACUACUUGUUAAAUGAAUGUAUAGAACAUUUGAAGGGUGAAGUGGAAUGGUGUGGCAUGGUUUUUAAAAAUCUCUACUAGUGCCAUUGUUCUAUUCAAUUGUACAAUCUCAUGUGUGUUCCAGUUGUAAAUAGAGUGUGCCAUGGUCAAGCUGAACAACAUUCAGCUGGAGGAAAUGAGGUAGAAAAUACUUUCAAGUCUAUUACAAAUAAAAUUAGGCAAUCAUUUGGCUAAAUUGUUAAAAAUGUCAUUGUACAAGGCAGGCUGUGUUAUUGAUGAGUGCCAGGAUUUUGCUCCACAACGUAUGAAAUUUAGUUCUAUUUUCUGGUCUUUUUAUGUUGUCUUAAGCUUUAAAUUUGAACUUAUCAAUUCUACUUGUUUUUCCAAGGCCUUCAUUGAAAAAAUGAGACUAUUUUAAUUUCCAUUCUCAUCUUUUCUCUGUGUUAGAUAUUAAUGUUUAAGCUCAUUUCUUGAUAUAUUUUAUCCAUUUUAAACUUUAUGAAGUAAUUUUAAAUUACUGUUUUAGUGAAUGGUACAUUAAUUUUUUUUUCCCAGUUGAUUAAAAAGUUUUCUUUUAAAGACAAAAAAAUGAUGUUUCCAGUAAGAAAAUAAAAACUUUGCAACACUUUUAGUAGAAAUCUCUGUUUAUAAAACCUAAGUCAGCACACGGUCUAAAGUAAAAGUGUCUGCAAGUCUUAUGAGAACACAUUAUGUGAUGAGUCUGAACCAUUCCAAUCAAAUAUUCUGUGGUGUCUGAGUAUGUAGCAGUGGUAUGAAAAUGUUUCACCAUUUCUCUCAUGUCUGUUGUUGGGCUGUGUGAAUAGUCAUUGCUGGCUACAUAAAAGUACUUAACUCAUGCAAAACUGAAUUUCUUUUAUUCCUUUUAUCCAGUUAUCUAUUUGUGUAACCCUUCAUAUAAGACUAGAAAGAAAUAUCUUCAUUUUAUUGUUUUAGGUAUACCUAUGUUUUUACACUGUCUCUUCUUUACAGUAUACAUUUCAUGAAUGGUCAUUCAUUUGUUAAAGGGAGGUUAAUCCUAAAAAAAACAUGAGCAAUACUGUUAGGUUUUAUUGCCCAACCUGCAGAGAAAUGUAUUGAUGAGUUGUGAAGUUCAGUUGCUUACAUUUUUUUUUUUUUUUUUAUCAUUUCCAAUGUUUUAGCACUAAUCAAAAUAAUUAGGCUAAUUAUUCAGGAAGAACUAGAAUAAACUGGAAAAUUUAUCGAUGAUCUGUUCUGACAUUUUUUUUUUAAUGAAAUCGUAUAUUAUAAAAUCAUGUAUCACAACAGAAAUUAUGAAUUCCAUUUUGUGGGACAUCUGUAGUAAAUCUUUUAUUUAUAGCUGAAUUACUGUUGAAUAUUGUUUGAUUUGAGAAUCACAUUUUUCUGUGAAAGAUCAGUAAUUAGCUAACACAAUACCUUCCUUCAUUCCUCAGUCUUCUCAGUCAAAGUCAUUUACCACAUGAUAUGCCAACUAGAGUGUUUUGUUUCUGUCUUUACUAUAAGAAUGUUUUUGUUUUGGGCAUCUAAAAUGUGUCUUAGGUCAAGUUCAUUGUUGAGCCAGCUGCUAAUCCUUUUUGUCACAAUUGGAAGUUUUAAAAAACCCCAAAGAAAACAGUGUAUAAUAAAAUAGAUUUGUUAUUUCAUUGCUGCCUGACAAAUUAAUUUUCUUUUUUGGAUGACACUUUCUUUGGUUUUAUAAAUACACAUCAUUGCUCAGUAUCAAUUAAUAGUUCCUUUAUCUUGUAUUUCUUACAACUUAGUUGAAUACAUAUGUCUUCAAAAUAAUGGCGGUGAUUAUCUAAUCAGAUGUUGAGUUCAAAAUGGUUUUUUUUUUUCAGAUUUAAAAAUGUUUUUUUUUUUUUUAUGUGGUGAUUACAAAAAAUUUAAAUAAAGAUUUAGAUUUCCUUGUAUUUGCUUACCAAACACAUACACACUCAGUUAUUUAUUAGUAAUUUAAAACAUACAUUGAUUUGAAUUUUCCAUUGAAGGUAAAAAUGUGAACAUUUGAAGUCUAUAAAAUAUACACCCAUACAAAAUGUAUGAUUUCUAGUUCAAAUUUUUCUUUGCAAAAUCUGUACCGUUAUGUUGGUUUCAUAUUUUAAAAUUAUAUACGUGUAUAGUUAUCAUGUUUUGUUUGUUAAAUUUUGUUGAUUAAAUCAAGAUCAUUAUACAAAAUAUAUCAAAUAUAUACAUUGCAGGGAUUUCAUUUCAAGCCAAUGCUAAUUUGUCUUUAAAAUUAAAAAUACAAUUACUUUAAAAAUCUUUCUCUUUUUUUUUUUUAUUUAUUUACUUUUAUUUUGGGAAAUUUCUUGUAUGUUCUUGCUGUACCUAUAAAAGUAAAGGUAAAACUUGAGACAGACCCUAGAUACACAAAGUGUAGUAGAUUAGUGGGGAACACAUUAGGUCCAAGAAACAUGUACAACACAUUAGGUCCCAGAAACAUGUACAACACAUUUUUGAAACUGAGCCAUUUGUUCUCCAUUAUUUUGUACAUAAGAGAUUUGGUUUGCAAACAUCAUUCAUGUUUUUUUUCUCUAUCAUUUUUAUCAAAAGCAUGUUCUUAGAUGCAACCUUAUAGCACUAACAUGCCAUCAAGAUGUUGUUUGCCCAUGUUAUUGGACUGCAGUUGAUUUUUUUCUAAUGCUGUGACAAAACCUAGAACCUUUUUUUUUUAACAUUUUUAUAUGAAAGUUCAACAUUGUUGUCUGCACCUUGCUGUUCUUGUUGUCUCUGAGAGGAUGAACGUGUCCAAAGACUUUUGGAGUGAUACUAUUUGGCUUGGUUUCUAACUGAUUUUGUGUGUUGCUAACAACUUUUGGCCUAUGCAUGCAUUGUUGAUGUGCUCUAAAUGUUAAGUACCUUACAGAGGGAGAAGAAUGCAUUGCAGUACAUUGAACAUGGUCACAUUUAUUGUUAGUUGCUGUGUGAGUCAUCAGAUGUGACACUUGUCCAGGUGGGUCAGACACUGAGUACAGUCUAUGUAUCUUGCCUGGUCCACUGUGUUUAAAGAGGGUCCUGAUUUGCUUUUUUUUUUUCUUCUUCUGACAACUGGUUUUGCUUUGCUUCAACCAUGCUGUUUCUGGUUCUGUAUGAUGUUGUCUGGCAUGUUCAGCUGUUGGACUCCACUGGUUCCCAGUCAUUUCAUCCCCGGUCAUUUCAUCCCCUGGUCAUUUCAUCUCCUGUUCUUUUCAUCAUCUGAUCAUUUUAUCUAACAAAUAGUCAUUGUAACAUCAUGAAAUAAGUAAUAUUUAAUAUAUUCAUUUUUAUUUACUUGACAAAAAGUGUAACACAUUAGAUAAGAAUAAAUUAAAUGCCAUUAAAAACUAUAAAAAUUUUACGUGUAUAAAUAUAGAGGUCAAUAAAAAAAUUUUUUUUGUGUUUAUCUACAUCAAUAAGACAGAUAGGCCUAUGCUAUUGAUUGUUAAGAAGACAAUCCAUCGAUUCAUAUUGCUGAACAAUCUUUGUAAUUCUCUUUGCCUUUAGCACAAUUUACAACUUUAAUGUUAAAAAGGAAUUAAAGCAAAACUUAUAUAGGCGACAUGAUAUCCUGAGGAUGAGUGAAGUCAGCCUUUAGUAGAAAAAAUAAAACCUUAUUUCAAGGCUAAAAAUGACGCGCCCAUUUUCAAGAGCGAUUGAAAAGUAAAAUAAAGUUAAAGAUGGUCGUCAGGAGUUAUCAGCGGCAGGAUCAUAAGUAUUCUUAUCGUUCUCAUCUCUUAAAUGAUUUCCACUACUUCCACCACACCUUGGCCUUUAAU